UAGAGCAAGAGAGUGAAUAAUGCCAACUUCUUCGGCCAUGGCUUCAACUAUUCAGAGUGUCUUCUUCUUCUUCUUCUUCUUCUUGAGCUUUGUGGUGUGUGGUAAUUGCUUCACAUUAUUUUCAGAGGCUGCUUCGGUUCGGGUUCGGGUUCCGGCAAUGUAUGUAUUCGGAGACUCCUUAGUAGACGUCGGAAACAAUAAUUUCUUAGGCUUCUCUCCGGCGAAAGCCAACUUCUAUCCUAAUGGCAUCGACUUCCCCACCGGAAAGCCCACCGGAAGGUUCUGCAACGGCAAGAAUCCCGCUGAUUUUCUCGCUGAGAAGGUGGGUUUGCCAACUGCACCAUCAUAUCUAUCAAUAAUGAAUAAUAGGACCAAGUUGAAGAAUGGCCUCAACUUUGCCUCUGGAGGAGCUACCAUUAUUCCACCAUCAAACCACACAUUAUUUAAACUAUCAAUAUCAUUUCCGGAACAAGUAGCGUCUUACGAGUCCGUAUAUAACAACGUGCUGGCGAAGGAGUUGGGAGCCAAUGAGGCGAAGACACGUGCAUCCAAAUCCCUCUUUGUAAUUGAAAUCGGAAGCAACGACAUUUUUGGUUACUUGCAAUCAUCCAACCUUCGCCAAAUUUACUCUCCUUCACGCUACUUCCACCUCGUCUCCACCAAUUUCGAGAACCAACUCAAGCGACUGUAUGAAAACGGAGCACGUAAGCUGGUGGUAAUUGGUGUAGGGGCAAUUGGGUGCACCCCGGCAAUGAGAUUGAAAAACAUGACAGAAGGAUGCAAUUCAGAAAUUAAUGGAUGGGCUUUUGAGUACAAUCAACAACUCCUAUCACUGCUAAAGAGAUUGAAAAAUGAGUUAUUUGGGUUUCAUUUUUCCUACUUUGAUGGCUUCUCAAUCAUGCUCACCUCCAUUCAGACGCCCACUUCUUUUGGAUUUAGUGAGGUUAAGGCAGCUUGUUGUGGGUUUGGAAAACUAAAGGCAGAGGUUGGUUGCACUCCAAGAGCAUCUUUUUGCAGCAACAGAGAGAAGCAUUUGUUUUGGGAUAAAUAUCAUCCAACACAACAAGCUCACCACAUUUUCUCUGAUUUGAUAUUCAGUGGUCCACAAACAUAUACCUUUCCUAUCAAUGUUCAAACCCUUAUAGCUAUUUAAUCCAUCAAACUUUGGAACCAUAACUUUAGAUGUAACUCAAACUUACAUGAUGUCAACUAUGAGACUUCUUCA